AUGGUCUACGCUUUUAGCCUCCCAAAUACCUCGCCCCUCUCAAUUCAAACAUUCAUAACUUCUACCACUCACCCAUCCCUCCCCCAAUCAGCCUCAACAGCACGCCAUGCUCUCCGCCUCGCACUGAAGGCUCACAAGCGCUUACCCCGCGGCUCGCGCCAGGAUGCCCAUCUACCCACAGUUCUGUCCGCUUUGAAUGAAUAUAUCCCCUUCCUAUUCGCAAUUUCGAAUGGACUGAAUGGUCGCUCCGUUCCAACAGAUGCGUACUCCUCUGCUCCCCAAGAUGGUAAUACUUCAGGGGGACCGAAUCUCCGCACCGGCGAAAUAGUCGACAUCACAAUCCAUGCGGAGAUAGAGUCGACAUGGAGAUACACGUUGUCAUCCUCCAGUGGAUUGAAUUUCGGAUCCAGUGGAAAUAUACCAGGUGGAAACAGUAUCCGCACGCGGAAUGGACGGGUCACUGGCCGAGGUAUAUACUUUGAAUUGGCGUUUACUCUCACAACUCUCGGUUAUGUAUUGUGUAGGAUGGCACGCGCGGGCGUUGUCGCUGCGCUAUACACAUCGUCUACCCCGUCUGCAGAGGUCCGCACUGCUGCUGUGCAAACUGCCACGCGGUAUCUACUACAAGCUAGCUCGGUGCACAAUCUGCUCGCGUCUUCGCCAUCUUUCACCGCCGCUACUGUAUCGACAGUACCGGACCUUGAGGCUGCGACACAGUCGGCUCUGUCAUCCUUGGCUAUGGCGGAGGCUACGUUAUUGGCUGUUCUUAAGGAUGAUGCGUAUGUUGUGGCGUGCAUCCAGUCGCGCAAUCCGAAUGAUAAAGAGUGGAUGGUCCAUGCACCUCAAAUUCCAAAAGUGCGCGCUCUGCUAUUUGCAAGACUAUGUGUGCGUGCUGCAGAAUACGCUGAGCAAGCGACUGCAGGUCUAGGCGCUGUUGGAUCCACUUCUGGUCGUGCAGGUCAUGUGGAUGAGGAUUUGACCCGCUAUACAGGAGUUUUGGCUCGCGUUGCUCGGGCACGCGCCUGUCGAUUCUUUGCUGUAGAUGCCGAGCUAUCCAGUAAAGUCGGCGAAGGAAUUGCGUGGUUACGAGCUGCACGCAUUCCCCUCGGGCUACGUGGAGCAGGGUCUUCGCAGGAAGACGUUGCAAGCAUGGGGGGCUCUGCAAAGAGUGGACUUUCCCGUUUAAAGCGCGAAUGGACAGAGCGGCGUGAGGAUCGUCGCGCUACUAAGGAUGCUGGCGGUAGUCGCAGCGAAAAAGGUCCAUUGGAUGCGGGGGACGAUGCUGGUCGUAACGAGGAGGGACGGGUCCUUGCGAUGCUUGAGACAAAAUGGGUGAAAAUUAAUGACACAAUGAACACACAGCCCAUCCCACCCUCUGCAUCAUUGCUGUCUAAUCUGCCUUCUGGUCGUGAUAUUCACCCUCCCCCGGCACUAUACCAACCCCCAUCUUUAGAUCAGGAUCAACUGAUGCGGAUGCGUGCUCCGCCAGAAGAGAAUAAGGAUCUUCAGUUCGGAAGUGACGAUGAUAGUGACGACGAUUCAGGCCAGCCUGAUCAUAGCCGUGGACCUCCGAGUACAUUCCCGGACCGAAGUGCGACAGCGUCGAGAGUUUAUUAUUGA